AUGCUGAGUUCCAUCAAGUGUGUGUUGGUGGGAGACUCUGCUGUGGGGAAAACCUCUCUGUUAGUGCGCUUCACCUCAGAGACCUUCCCAGAGGCCUACAAGCCCACAGUGUAUGAAAAUACAGGUGUAGACGUCUUCAUGGAUGGCAUCCAGAUCAGCCUGGGUCUCUGGGACACAGCUGGCAAUGAUGCCUUCAGAAGUAUCCGCCCUCUGUCCUACCAGCAGGCAGACGUGGUGCUGAUGUGCUACUCCGUGGCCAACCAUAACUCCUUCCUGAACCUGAAGAACAAGUGGAUUGGUGAAAUCAGGAGCAACCUGCCCUGCACCCCCGUGCUGGUGGUGGCCACUCAGACUGACCAGCGGGAGAUGGGGCCCCACAGGGCUUCCUGCGUCAACGCUAUAGAAGGAAAGAGACUGGCCCAGGAGGUGAGAGCCAAGGGCUACCUGGAGUGCUCAGCCCUCAGCAACCGGGGGGUACAGCAGGUAUUUGAGUGUGCUGUCCGGACUGCCAUCAACCAGGCCAGGAGACGCAACAGAAGGAGGUUCUUCUCCGUUAACGAGUGCAAGAUCCUCUAAACCCCAAAGACUCCACCCAGCAGUCACUUACCGCAAAGACUAACUGGGACAGGGAGAGCAGGCAAGCCAGCAAGCGUCGAUGCUCUUUCUGGGCACGUCCUAAGCAGCCUGAAGCAGCAUGAGCCGCAGCAGGAAACCUUUCGGAUACAGUUGUUGACGAGACUUGGCUACUGGAUGUUUUUACGAAAUACACUCUAUCAAAGAACUCUUUGCCCAUUACAGUUAGAAGAUCCCUUGGGAAACUGUAAUGAAUAUUCCACCUUCGAUUAUAAAACCAAAGUGGUCUCCAUAAUUUUGGAUAAUAAAGUGAGUUUUCCAAAGAAUUCCAUAUUUAAAGACACAUUGUAUUUAAAUAAUAACAAAAUAAA